UUCGAGGUGUUUCCAAGCAUUUCCGUGGAAAGGCCGCCAUUUGCACGCGCCAUCUGGCACUCACGGCCAAGUAUCGAAUAUACCAGAGUAUAUUGCGAAUUUAGAGUUUCCUCUCGUCGAAGACGGGAUCAUUAUCGUCGGUAUUGUGUUGAGUUACGACGGUUUUUGAAAGUACGUCUCUGUUUUCGGCAGCUUCGAGGUUGAAACUUAUCCUACGUUAUAACCGAGUCUCUAUCUAGCCUGAACUCGGUUCUUGGUUUGAUUCGAAAAGAAAGAAGGAAAGAGAGAGAGGGUGAGAGACAGAGAGAGAUUCUCUGUUGCGAUUAAUCGAAGAACAUCUUGACGAUUUUGUAAAAAGUUCCAGGGAAAUACAAACUUGUUAAUCUCUUGUUUUCUAUGCUCGUUAUAGUGGUCAAUAUAAAAGCACACAAAUUUAUGCAGUUGAUCUUAAAAAUGAAAUGUUCACCGUGGCAUUAGCAAUACUAAAACUCAAUUGUUUCAAAGUUGUAAUAUAAGUGCAAAGGGAAAGGUGAUUAUGUAGCAGAAACAAGCAAAUAUUACAGAAUGUUUAGCAUUACUAUAAUCAGCAUUAGAUUCUUCAAUGAUUAAGAACAAGUGCAAGUGAUCCUGAAGAGGAAGGAAAAAAAGGAGAAGAUGUCGAAUCCCGAAAUCAAUAAGCGUGAUCACAACUACAGUGAAUCUAAAUCUCAACAUGCCAACAAUGGUACCGAUAGCACUAUCAGCAAAAUAUCUCAAAUAGGGUCUGUUGUGGGUCAAAUUCGAGACAUAGAUGAGCUGAAGAAAAUUACGCCUCGUGUCCGUUUACAGGACACCGAGAGCUUAAAUGAGUUGACAAGGAUUUCGUCUUUGAGUAACAGCAAGUCGCAACAAAAUAAUACAUCCAUUCUCGAAAAGACGCGGCAAGAACUAAGAAAAUACUGCCGUACCUGCGCUGGCCUAAAACUGCCUUUGGUGGAUAUCUUUAGUGAAAAGGGUAUCAAAUUGCGAUUGAGUCAACAAAUCAAGCAUCUCGAAGUUAAUCCUUAUGAUAAUCUGUCCACACAAAUGUGCAUGGACUGUAUCUGUGAUCUUAGAAUGAGUUAUAAAUUUUUCAUGCAGAUAAAAAAAGCUGAGAUAAAACUAAAAUCUAUCCAUGUCAAUCUUACGACUGAUAAUGCUAUGAAGAAAGUAACACCAAUCGAUGACUCUUUAAUAGUAAAAGAGGAUAAGCAACCAUCCUAUUCAGAAACAAAGCCAGAAUAUCAAUUAUCCCCCACAAUUCAACAAAACUCAUCUUCAUCAUCAACAGAACAUGUAAACAAAGCAAUUCCUGAAAAUCAAGUAGAUGAUUCUGUUCCCAAAAUCUGUGCCAUCUUUUCAUUGAACGAAUCGAAAAUGAGACAGGACUUCGAGAUUGAAAAGGAAAAGGAGAAGGAAAAGGAGGAAGAAGACAAGGAGGAAAAAAAGGUGACACAGGUAGGAGGGAUAUUCGAAGAAGUUGCAGAAGGAGAAGAUGAAGAAUCUAUUGAGGAAUUUGAUCCUGAAGACCCCGCGCUCCUGGUAGAUGAAGAAGAAGAAGAAAAAUCUCUAAAAACUGUUUACAAGUAUGAUAUGGCAGCAGAUUCUUAUGUGAGAGUGGAAGGAAAUGAGGGAAUUUCUGUGAAAUCUGAAGUUUCCCAGACUUCAGAGGGUGAAAAUCAAAGAGAUGGAAUGUGGCAGCCGAAUAUCUUGAAAAGAAAACUAAUACCAAUGAUAACAACGAAUAAUGGAGGGGAAGAUGAGAUACAAAGUAUGGUAGAGAAGCAUAAAGUGCAGAAGUUAGAUACGAACAGUCUCUUGAAUAUGAAUAAUCCUUCAGAAGAAGAAGGAAUUAUGUACGUAACUGUGAAGGGGUCCAAACCGAACGAGAUUCUUCUGGUAAAGGUCAAGAAAAUGGACAAACCCAUGGAACCAAAACGCGCAGUAGCACCAGUCUCCGCUGAUCUCAAGCCUGUUGAACGUUUUCUCAAACGUUACGAAACACUGACGAAGGAUUUUUCAUCUCGACGCCCCGACGCUCGUGAACAAAUAAUUGAGGAACAAAUCGAAGAAUAUAAAAAGAAACGAGAAAAAGUUCUUGGAAGUCAGGCGGCAGUAACGUAUAUCGUGAACGAAACACAAAAAGAAGUUCAAGAAGAAGAAAUUUAUAUUAAAUCAAAUUUUGAAAAUACAGAAGAAGAGGUGAUAGAUAUAAAAGAAGAGAAUAUAAAUGAAGAGAGAGAGACGAAGAAAGAGGAGAAAGAGGAAGAAGAUGAGGAAGAGGAAAUAAAAGAAAAGGAGAACGAGAAGCAGAAAGAGGAAGAAGAGAUGAAAAUGGAGAGAGGUGAAAAGAUUGAGAAAGGUCAAGAAAGGAUUAGUGAUAAUACAGAAGAACAUUUAAAGUUAUCGAGAAUGAAAAAAUUGGAAGAAACAAAGCGGAAAAAGGAAAGUUUGCAAAAGGAACUAGACGAAUCAUGUAGCGAAGAGAAUUUGGAAAAAUUAGCAAAAGUCUUGGGGAAAACAGAAAAUCUGCAGGAAUUCCUAGAGUAUCUGAAGCAGCGUAAAAUCAUUCUUACUCGCCUUAAGGAUGAAGAUAUAAUCUCCCUCUAUGAGGAUCGAUUCUCCACGACUGUAAAAUCAUCAUCUAAAUCGCUUCCGGAUCUUAUCGAUACUCAACAUCCUAUCGGUCUUCUUUUCGAUCUUCUUUCCGAAGAAGAGAAUUAUUUAGAAUGCGAUUAUUGUUCCGAAAUCUUCUCCAACCGCGAUCUCCUUGAAGGACACCUCAAAUCUCACGAUUAUCGUAUUCUUCAUUGCUGCGAUGAUUGCGGGGAAGAAUUUCAAACUAAUAAAGCGAAAAGAAAUCAUAAUGUGAUUUGCGUGAAGAAAUUCAUUUGCAAAUAUUGCGACAUAAUCCUAGAUUCCAAAGGAAAAAAACGUCAACAUGAGCAGAAACACGUUGAUACUCUUUAUGGUCAACUUUGCGAGAUUUGUGGUGAAAGAUUCAAACAUCAAGGAACUCUGGACCAGCACCAGAAGACGCAACACACGAGUUUGGAGAAGAUUUAUCAAUGUCCAAAGUGUCCAAAAAAAUUUGCUUUCAAACAAAAACUGAGCUUUCAUCUAAAAUCUGUUCACACUACUUUAAGAGCAUAUCUUUGCGAGGAUUGCGGUGCAGAUUUUAAGAAUCCCGCGAGUUUAAGACAUCAUAGAAUCAGAAAACAUCAACCGGUUGGAAAUAAGAGGGAAUGUCCAGUUUGCAGAAAAUUGGUGCCGUUUUACAGUUUGUCAAAACAUAUGCACACACACAAAGCUUACAGUAUCCAGUGUCCACAUUGCGACAAAAUGUUCAAAAACAGUUCGACUUUGAAGCAACAUGUGAGAAUUCACGAAGAUCAAAGGCAGUUUCGUUGUGAUACUUGCGGCGUUGGAUUUAAUCGGAGGGAUGGUUUGAGGCUGCAUUUGAGAGUGCACGAAAAAACUGGAAGUAGAGGCUUGAAAGAAUGUUCCUGCCAAGUUUGUGGGGAAAAGUUCCCGAAUCAUUCGACUUUGGUAAUUCACAGGAAUAGAGAACAUAAGGAUGGAAAGCAGUAUACGUGUCAUAUUUGUAACAGAUCAAUGAUUUCGACGAGAUCGCUCGAGUGGCAUAUGUCGCAUAUUCAUAAUCAGUCAAUACCAGGUAUUACCCGCGACGAGUCUGGUCUGCCCGAAAAGAAACGGGUUUCCUGCUAUCAUUGCAAUAAGACCUUUAAGACAGAGCUGAUACUUCGUACACAUAUUAAAAAUACGCAUAUGGAAAAGGACCCGUUGAAAUGCACCGACUGCGAAGGUAUUUUCAACUCCGAAGUGCGUCUGCGUCAUCAUUUGAUGGUCGUGCACAAUCGUCUUGAGGGUACUUUAGCAUGCCCUCACUGUCCAAAACGAUUCGUGAACCAAUUACGGCUAAAGACUCAUAUGAUCUCCCAUUCUGAGGAAAGACCAUAUACUUGCGAGAUUUGUGGUUUCAAUUUGAAGACAAAAAUUCAGCUGAUUAAGCAUCAUCAAAACCGACACAGCGACGAGAGACCUUUACAGUGCAAAUACUGUCCUUGGCGAUGUAAACAAGUGAGUGCUCUCGUUUGUCACGAGCGUACGCAUACCAAUGAACGUCCAUAUUCGUGCAGCGUAUGCCGACAACGUUUCAAAUAUCUCGGAGACAAAAACAAACAUGAACGUCGUCACGAGAGUCUCGGUGGUUCAGGUUUCAAGCGUAUUGUACCCGGAAGAAAUCUUAAACAGAAGAAUUCGAAUUCGGCGCGCGUCGAUUCCGACGUCGAAUCCGAUCAGGAAGAUACCAUCAAGUGCUCGAUGAGUCUGGAAAUGCAUGUUACCGAAGAGCAAUUCGAAGAACAGGAAGGACAAUAUGCGAAUUUAUCGGAAGGACAAAUAGUCAAGUUUGAAGAAGUCAAGUUUGAAAGUGGAGAGCAAUACGAACAGGUGUAUGAGCAGGAGUAUGAAGAAACUUCGAGAGAAGCAUCGGAAGCUACCGAGUUAAUCAUGAACAUAGAAGAUUCCAAUAUGUACACUGAGGAAGUUACGGCCGAUAGUAUAGAGUCUGGUGCAGAGAUCAUAACAGAUGAAAUUAUGACGAAUGAUAUUUUGCAAUCUGGCACUGCGGUGGUGCUGCAAAGCGAAGAUGAUUCGGGGAAGAUUCAAGUGAUACCCAUACCAGUGGUGCUAUCUUUGCCCGACCUAUCCGACGCAAACUCCGAAGUUAAUCUUCCGACCGCAUCAAUCAUGUAUGACAAUUAG